UCCGUCAGCACUUUUACAUGGCUACUGAAACUUAUCUCCCCGCCCAUCCUGGUAUCCGUCCAGCCACUGCCCAAGAUAUACCAGUCCUUCUGGAUAUCAUUAACGGCGCCUACCGAAACGAUGCAGGGUGGACAACAGAAUCCCAUCUCGUCGAAGGUGCUCGAGCCCUUGCGCCAGAUCUCGAAAAACUUAUCCCCCCUCUUCGCGACCCAUCUACGGGUACAUUCUUGGUUUACCAUCCUACUACGUCAACUGACCCCCUUGGUUGCAUAAACGCCGAAAUAUUGCCUGAUAAUGAAGGCUAUUUUGGAAUGUUUGCUGUGAACCAAUCUCAGCAGGGACAGGGAAUUGGUCGGAAAUUGAUGGAAGCGUCGUUUGAGGUUAUGAGGAUAAAGGGGUGCAAGAAAUGUGUUAUUAAUGUUUUGACGGACAGGAAGGAUAUUCAAGCUUGGUACGGUCGAUGCGGAUUCAUUAUGACUGGCAAGACGGUUCCGUUCCCCUCGGAUGCCGGAGCUUCCAAGCUAAAGCCGGGUGUCCAACCGGUUUUAGUGUACAUGGAACGGGAGCUGUAGAUUGCAAAUAUCCAAAUAUUUCUAAAGAGCACAGUGUAUAUAUAGAAUAAUAGAGCGAUAUGAUAAUAUCAAUAUUGGAAAACGAUAAAGA